AUGAAGUCUCACCAUACCUAUGAGUACAUGGGUCUGACCCCCGAAGCGGCACGGUUGAUAUAUAACGAUGGAAAGAAGAUACGCGAUGGUAUCAUGGACAAUUAUGGCGAAGAAUUCGAUUCAGAGUUCCUCGAGUGUAGUCUUGAGGCAUACUUGGUCCAGAGAGUUACUGAAGUCUGUGAUGAUGAAAUCUUCGGCAACUACUUCCGCACACUCGAACAUGUAAACGAGCACGUCUUAGAACAAGAGCAAUCAUUAGGGCCGAAUCCAAGGAGAAGAGCGACCGAAGACGAUGUGGUGAUACCGCCGCCCCCAGGACAUCGGGUCUUAUUCAAGAGCGUCGAGUUCCAUAAAGCACAAGCUGUAUUCGGUACCGAAGAAACCGAUAAUGGCGAAAUGUCUCAAGAACUCAACCUUCUCCCAUUGCUUUCAUCGAGAUACUCUACAGACCUCUGCCGCUAUGGUGGCCUAUAUCUCACAGAUGCACUCUGGGUAGCCAAGGCACAUGCGCUGUACCCGAAGCGCACUUGUCCACCUGCUGACAUCCGGACUCUUGAGCUACAUGCUCCAAACGAGCACUUUGACAAGCUCAAGAGCCAUAGGUGCGGAAAUUCUAUUUCAAAGCAUUUGAUGAAGAUUCAAUCCGCCUUCCAAAUUCUUCACGCUCCCUGUACUACGCAAAACUACAGGCUAGGACAUUGGAAUCAGAUUACGGACAGGCAUUUGCUGACUAGGAUGAUUACUGAUGAGUAUGGAGCACCUAAGCAAGAGGUGGCGAUGCAAUACGUGUGGCCCAACCCUGAAGCAAUAUUCGAUCUUAGCGAAGAUUGCAAGGACAAGACGCGUCUGGGGAAGCCACUCAAGGACUGGUCGCUUGUUAAGGAGCUGGAGAAAAACACUUUGGUGAAGGAGAGGAGUGUUCUUUAG